UCCUGUGGCGUCUUUUCAAGGGAAGAGGGGACUCAAGUGGCCGGCUGGCCAGCUCACUAUCAACGCGAGACGGUCUAAAGACAGAAACAAACAACGUCAUGAAGCUAACGCUAACCUUUAUGUUCGUACUUGUGGCUUCGUGGCCAAUGGUCCUCUGCACCAAGGAGGAGCCCAUGUCCGAAGACCCUCCCCUCCUUCAGGUUCCCGCCGUCGAGGCCCGCUCCCGCUUCGCCGCUCUGGACGACGUGCGUCUCCUGGCCAAUGGUCUCCUUCAGCUUGGCCACAGCCUCAGGGACUUCGUCCACAAGACCAAGGACCAGAUCAAUGGCAUCUUCCAGAAACUCAACAUAUUCGACCACUCCUUCAACCAGCUCUCUGUGCUGGCCAGCGAGAUCAAGGAGGAAGAGGAGGAGUUGAAGAAGACCACGGUGGUGCUCAAGGCCAACAACGAGGAAAUCAAGAGCCUAUCGCUGGAGAUCAACUCCAAGGUGGAGAACAUACUGCAGGAGCGUAGCCAGCUUCAAAGCAAGGUGGGCGGGCUGGAGGAGAAAUUGAGCGGCCUGUCUCAGGGCCUGGUACCCGCCGAGCAGCUGGCUGAGAUCAACACACUGAAGGAUGUGAUCCACACCCAGGAGAGAAGCAUCGCCGAGCUGCUGAAGGCUGUGAGAGAGCAGAGCGACCAGCUUGUUCACCAGAGGAGCAAGAUCAAGACUCUGGAGGAGAAGCUCACCUAUAACCCUUUCAUGCAAGAGACUAUUGAGAAACCAUCUGACAACUUCCAGUCUGUCACGCCGGACCUCACUGGGUAUCUGACCAACGCCUCUGCAAAUGGCAGCUUUGACAUGACAGAUCUCCCAUCAGACUGCUGUGAGCUAUUUACCAGGGGCGAGAGAGCCAGUGGAGUGUACACCAUCAAGCCCAACCAAUCCGAGCCCUUCAUGGUCUACUGCGACAUGGAUCAAGAUGGAGGGGCUACUAUAAUCCAGAGAAGGAAGGAUGGGUCCGUGAAUUUCGAUCAGAAUUGGGAGAAGUAUGAAAACGGAUUUGGAGACUUUCGAGGGGAGUUCUGGCUGGGUCUGAAGAAGGUCCACUCCCUGGCUAGUCAAGGUGACUCUUUCCUGAACAUCCAACUGGAGGACUGGAAACAGGGCAAACACUUCAUCGGAUACAACUUCUCUCUGGAUGGACKCGAGGUCCACUAUACUAUCCACCUCUCACAGGCAUCCGGAAAUCUGCCUGAUGCAAUGAGCAACCAUACCGGUAUGAAGUUCUCCACUAAGGACCGGGACAAUGACAACCUUGAAGACUCACACUGCGCUUACACCUACACAGGRGGCUGGUGGUUCAACGCUUGUGGAGACACCAAUCUGAACGGGAGAUACAUCCACGUGAGACCCAAGGGACGUUCAGAGUGUAGGAGGGGAAUCCACUGGAAGCCCACCAGAGGGGCCUCCUACUACCUCCGAUCCACCCAGAUCUCCAUUCGCUCCACCCCCACCACUACAGCCACCUCAACCUCCUCAGAAACAGGCAACUUCCGCUGAGAACAAACACAAGACGUAUGGACAGAAACAAGACAUUGACCAACCUUUGGCAAAGAUACAUGUGACUGACAGUCCCUGACAACAAYGCRUUAAGGAGAUUUAGGAGGCCAGUUMAGUCAGGUCUCUUCUGUCGACUGCACAGUGGGACCAAGUUUAUUAAAUAGGACUCUAAGCCACUGUUUGUCUUUUAGCUAAUCUAAAAAGGACUCGCUUCUCCUCUUCAGCAUUAAAGGCUUUGGGACACAAGGAA